UAAGUGUCCUUUUACUAGUGGUACUGUAACCAAGCAAAAUGACGGAGGGCACAGUUACAAUCAGAACUAGGAAGUUUAUGAGCAAUCGGCUAUUAUGCCGCAAACAAAUGGUGGUAGAUGUAUUCCAUCCUAGCCAUCCGUCAGUACGUAAAACAGAAAUCCGCGAGAAACUGGCUAAAAUGUACAAAGUUACACCAGACGUAGUUUUCGUCUUUGGUUUCCAAACUAACUUUGGUGGUGGCAAAUCGACUGGAUUUGCACUAAUCUAUGACACAUUGGAUUAUGCCAAGAAAUUUGAACCAAAAUAUAGGCUAGCAAGGCAUGGACUCUUUGAGAAAAAGAAACAGACAAGAAAACAACGUAAGGAACGUAAAAAUAGAAUGAAGAAAGUUAGGGGUACAAAGAAGAGUAAAGUGGGAGCUGCAUCUAAAAAGGGAAGGAAGUAGACAAAUGCUCAUUAUUUGUACUACAAGCCUCAAGAGGGAACUUUAUUAUGAUGCUCACAUAUGUAAAACCACAAGAAUCAUGAAGACUGCGCUUUGUUCAACAUUGACGUAAAAAUUAUUAUAAUAUAUUAUUAUAAAAUCGUGAUUAUGAUAAGUUUUACGGAAUAAACGUGUACUCUUCUUGAUGAAAAACAACAAUGCAAUUUCUUUUUACACCUCAUGUUGGAUGGGGAAGCAAUUAUUUUGUAAUGUAUUACUAACAAUGGAAAUGUUGUUAUUUUCAUACGAAAAGUUGAAAAUGUUUCCAAGACACGCGGAAGGUAUCAAUAAAUGUGUAAAAUUUACAGAAACGGAA